AUGCCUCAGAAAUCUCUAAGAGUUAAUAAGAAGCAAAAGGAUCCACGUAGGAUCACAAAGAAGCAAAAAAAUCCCAAAAGAGCAGCUCCUUUGCAGAUUAAGUCUAAGAAGAAAUCUUUAAACAAGUUCAAGGAACUGAAUAAAACAGUUUCUUUGACAGCAGCUACUGAAAAGAUUAUAGCUAGUAGAGUAGGUCAUUUAGAACUUGUCAAAGGUAAUAGAAAGGAGAUUGAAAAAGAGAAGCAAAAGAACAAUAAUAAGAAAUGA